AUGGCCGACCCAGAGGGUGGCACCAUUCACCGUGACGAGGAGGGCAAGGCGUCGGGACUCCUUUCGGAAGCGGCGGCGGUCACCGUCGUCUGGCCUCAUCUUGCGACAGUCGCGCCUAUGGAGGAGAAGCUAGCAGCCUUGAGGCGGGCCAUCAAAUCAUACCAUGCAGUCGGAUAUACAGGAGUGGUAGACAUGGCGAUGGACGAAAACGGAUGGGAGGCCUUACAGAUGUUCCGCCAUAACGAGGCACCGGCUAUGCGGUUCGCGGUGCACUGGCUCAUCACCCCUCGCAAGUCGGAAACGGAGAACCUGGCGCAGGUCGACCGGGCUAUCGAGCUCGACCGCCAGUUCAACAUAGACACCAGCCCAGACUGCCGAGUUGUGGGCAUCAAAGUCAUUGGAGACGGCAUUGUGGACGGCUGCACCGCGGGCCUCACCGAACCCUACACCUCGAACGGGCUGUCGUGCGACCCGAUCUGGUCCCUUCAAGAGCUGGGCCCCGUCGUCAAGAAAGCCGACGCGGCGGGACUCCAGUGCGCGCUACACGCCAUUGGAGACCAGACCGUCAAGGUCGACAUAGACGCUCUGGAGCAAAACGCCACACCCGGCCGACGUCACCGAAUCGAGCAUCUGGAAUUGGCGUCCCCCGAAGACGCCGCGCGCCUCGGCAAGCUGGGCAUCACGGCGUCGAUCCAGCCCGUCCACGCCGAUCCCGCUAUCCUCCGCGCCUGGCCAACACUUCUGGGGCCUGCACGUUGCGAACGUGCAUUCGCGUACAAGGACUUUGCUGAUGGGGGUGCCGUUCUCGCACUCGGCUCCGACGCCCCAACGGCACCCCAUGCUCCUUUGAGGAACAUCUACACGACAACGACACGGCGGUCCGCGCGGGAGCCGGAGCUGACAGAUCGGGUCAAUCCGCACUUCGCCCUUGGGCUUGCUGCGGCCGUCGCAGCCGGCACGGAGGGGUCUGCGUAUAGCUGCUUUGCAGACCGGUGGGCUGGCAAGCUCGAGGUUGGACUCUCGGCCGACUUCGCCGUGGUGGACAUGGACUGGGACGCCGAGAAGCUGCUUCGGGCGAAGGUUGUUCAGACUUGGUUCAAGGGCAAGAAGGUGUUUGAUGCUUCCUCGUCUUGGUAG